AUGCAUUGGAUUCUUAGACACCCUGAUCUCAAAUUAAUGUUAAAAAAUACAUCUGUUGUUCGUGAAACAAUAUUACAUACAAUAAGAGAUAAAUUAUAUAAUUCUGGAAGUUCAAAUGUUCAACAAUGUAAUGAUUUACAGAAUGAAACAAUUGCUUGCAUGAAUGGACUAUGUCGUGCAGAAUUAGGUGCGUUUGAUAAUCCUGAGGAUCCUGUACCAUUUUAUAGAACAUAUUGUAAUCAUUCUCCGCUUGAAGAUCCAUUUCAAAACAAAACUGGCUUCUUCGAUGUAGUUCCACAUGGUUAUCCGCCGCCUGGUGAAAAUAUGCAUAACUUUUAUUAUGUUUGUAAUCAAAAUUUAUGUAAAAAUCAAGAAACAGUAAAUGUAAUUCAAAAAUUGAUUCAUGAUUACAACACUAAUGAACUUCAAGGGCAAGGCUUCCUGCAGCCCUGUCCUCUGUCCAUGUACUUUGGUGUGAUGAUGCCAUCUCAAACGGUUUUCCACCGAAACUCAACUGAACCCAAUCUUGGACUUGAUCGAGCUAGCAAAGGAUGUGAACUUCUCCUCACUCUCAAGAUUUUUCCUUAG